GCGGAGCUGCCGGCACGCAAGCUGCGGCUCAGCGCCGAGAAGCGCUACUUCGGCGUGAGCGAGGAGAGCGGAGAUCUGUACGUGAGCGAGAGGCUGGACCGGGAGGAGAUGUGCGGCGAGUCGGCGUCCUGCUCCGUCAGCUUCGAGGCACUGGUGCAGAACCCUCUCAAUGUUUUCCAUGUCGAGGUGGCCAUCCAGGACAUCAACGACAACGCCCCGCGCUUAGACCGUUUCCAGCUGGAGAUCAGUGAGCUGACUUCUCCCGGCGCCCGCUUUGCCUUGGGCAUGGCGGAAGACCCGGACGUGGGCAGCAACGCGCUGCAGGGCUACGAGCUGGAGGCCAAUGCGCACUUCGCGGUGGAGGUGAAGCAGAGCCAGGACGGCAGCAAGUUCGCGGAGCUGGUGCUGCACCGCGCGCUGGAUCGAGAGAGCAAGCAGAGCCUGCAGCUGGUGCUGACGGCGCUGGACGGCGGCGAACCGCCCCGGAGCGGCACCGCCCAGCUCUGCAUCAACGUCACCGACGCCAACGACAACCCACCCGUGUUCGCGCAGGACCGGUACCGCGCGAGCCUGCGCGAGGACGCGCCGCCAGGCUCGCCGGUGCUGAACAUCUCUGCCUCCGACGCCGACGCUGGCACCAACGCCCGCGUUACCUACGGCUUCGGGAAGACGCCGACCAAGGUGCUUCAGAAGUUCGCGGUGGACGCGGAGAGUGGGACGAUUACGCUGCGGGAGGCGCUGGACUUCGAGGAGACGCGAGGUUACACGCUGCUGGUGGAGGCGAAGGACGGGGGUGGUCUCGCGACUCACUGCAAGGUGGAGGUGGAGGUGCUGGACGUGAACGACAACGCGCCCGAAAUCACGGUGCUGUCGGUGUCGAGCCCGGUGCCCGAGGACGCCCCGGCCGGCACGGUGGUGGCCCUCCUGAAAGUGAGCGACCCGGACUCCGGGGAGAACGGUCAGGUGUGGUGCGAGCUGUCGGGCGAGGCUCCGCUGUCGCUGGUGGCGUCG